CACGAACUAGUCCUUGGUCCGAGCUUCACCUCGUCCACCACAAUAACUGGUUCCAGCCAGGCCAUUCAAACUCGAAAAAAAGUGGAGUUCCUUCUUUCAAUCGCAAUUGCACAAGCUCUGGGCUGCAGCCUAGUCGCGGCAACAAAACGCGACCUCGGCCAAAGAAGAAGCUUCGUUGGCAACAUUCUCACACUCACCCAUCCCUUGCCGCGCCCAUUGUUUCAUUGCUCGCCCAUCGAAAGUGAGCCCUUGCCAGAGAAGCGCGGGUCCUGCGAGCCGCAACCAAGCCGCAACCAAGCCGCAAGAUGGCGCCAAUUGAAGACCCGCUGCUGCUGCUGCGGCAUUCGAUUGCAUCGGGCGGCAAGAUCAUCCCCACGACGUCGCCCGACUCGUCCGAAGAGGCGCCGCUCUCCCGAGCCACCCAUCUCGUUUUCACCGAUCCCGCGCGCGUUGCCGUGCCCAUCGAUGCGCCGACGCGAUUCACGUCGACCGAGGGCAAGGCGGUCGAUGUGCGCUCCAUCUACUUUGCCUGGCUGAAUCGCGACUUUGCCAUCCCCGAGUACAAUGCCGUGGCGACCAAGCUGAACGAGGAGAUGACGGGCGGCGCAACCGUGCACAUGUUCGCCUUUGUCGAGCGUCUCGUGCUGUUCACCUACCUGGAGGGCGCCCAAGAGGAGAGCGAGUUCAUCAGGCCCCUGCCCGGGGACAAGGACGGCGCGGCGGGGGCGGGCACCGCGGCAACCGGUGCUGCCUCCAAGACCGCCCCGGCCGCGUCGGGGCGCGCGGGGCGAGGCACGCUGGAUCCUCGCUUGGCGCAGAUCUACAGCGGCGAGCGGCGCAUGGGCGACAGGAACACCGCUCUCAGAGGAAUCAAGCCAACUGACUUUUCCCACGUCCGAAAGCUUGCCGCGCCCUUCGUGACUCGCAAGCCCGGCGCGGCGCCCUCGGCCGGCGUCGGCGCCAGCGCGACCCUCGCGCUCAACCAGAAGCCGGCGCGCCGGCCCGACCCCAUCAUCCUCCUCUCCCCCUCGGCCUCGGCGCUCCUGCGCAUGUCCAACGCCAAAUCGUUCCUCGAGGGCGGCCGGUACACGCCGCCGGACCACAGCUCGACGUCGACGAUGCUGCACGUCUCGCGGCUCGUCAAGGACAUCGACCCGUCGCGGCCGAUGCGCUUCAUCCUGGUGGAGGGCCCGGAGCAGUUCAAGCCCGAGUACUGGAACCGGGUGGUGGCCGUGUUCACGACCGGCCAGACGUGGCAGUUCAAGAACUACCGGUGGAGCAACCCGUCGGAGCUGUUCAAGCACGUCCUGGGCGUCUAUCUGGGCUGGCGCGGCGAGGAGCCGCCCGAGUCGGUGCGCGCCUUUGGCCACCGCGUCCUCGCCUGCUCCGUCGAGAAGUGGCGCGAUCCGGGCCAGCCCGGCGCCGAGACGAGCCGCUGGCGCGACCGCGAGGUGGUCGAGACCAUCUGGAAGAGCAUCGAGGCCAAUAUGCGGGCUAAGGGGUGGCGUAAGGAUGCCGCGCCCAGCUCGAUCUAGGAGGCAGGGCGGCCCCCGUUAUGUGUGUGUGUGUCUGUGUUUGUCUCUCUCUGUGUGUGUGUGUGUGUGUGUGUGUGUGUGCGCGCGCGAGUCUCUUAUGUUCCAGUUAGAUUGUAUUAUUCGGUGCAUUAGCUGGGCGUUUCGGGCGUUGGGGGGAGGGAAAAGGGAGGGAGGGUAGGUAGGUUGGCGAAAACUACAUCAACAGGGCAUUCAUGCAUUGGGAUCUGAUUAGCCUGGCAGAGUUGAUCCAAGA